ACCCCCAUACCCUAUUGCAAACUAUACCCAAGUUUUUGAAGUCCUAUAUAAACUGUCGCAUCCCCCAUGUUGUCCUAAGACAAAACCUCCACUAAAUCUUGAGCUGCAUUGAAAAUGGCUGGUGUAUGGGUGUUCAAGGAUGGCGUCUACCGACUCGAGAACCCCGGUGAUGGCCAGGGCUCAAAUGCUCGCCGGAAAGUGUUGGUGCACACGCGGAGUAACGAUGUCAUCAAUUCUUACGAUGUUCUUGCAGAGAAAUUAUCAUCCCUUGGUUGGGAGAGGUAUUAUGAUGAUCCUGAUCUUCUUCAGUUUCAUAGGAGAUCUACAACUCAUCUCAUUUCUCUCCCUAGAGACUUCAACAGGUUUAAGUCCAUGCACAUGUAUGACAUCGUCGUAAAGACUCGCAGUGAAUUUGAAGUUAGAGACGAGCAAUAAUCCGACUUUAAUCCUUUCACGUGUUUAGUAAAUUGGACUGGGUAUUAUGGAAGUGAUGAAGGAAAGAGACACGUUCAAUAUUAUCCAAUACUAUAUCCCAAACUCGCAUUUAGGAUAUCUAUGCUUUCCCUUGUUUAGUGAUUUUUUUUUCGUUUUUCACUUCUUUCCUUCAAACUUCAGUUCUUGUCUGAAUUGAGUGUCUUUCUAGUCGUCUCAUAUGUAGUAUGCUUUAAGGGUCGUUUGGCAUUUGAGUCCUGUAAAAUGUGUACAAAUUAUUCUGUAAUGUAAAUUGCUUGUGUUUGUACGUUC